CACACCACUACAAGUCAAUUAACCAUCGUAAGGACUUAGAACACUAUUUAUGAAGUUAAAAAAAGUUACUUAGUUCUGCUUUAAGCCAUUGACGCAAAUAGGAAAUGCAUUGACACAAGUGAAAAAAGGUGAUAGACAAGUAACCUAGCAAUUGACGCAAGUAAAAACCACAUGUGCGUAAAUGAAAAGAUAAAGUGCGUCAAAAGAGAAUAUAAAUACAGGGGCCUUUAUAGCUCUCUGUGUAGUUGGAGUAGUAGUAGUAGUUGUGUAAUUUUGCUGAAGAAAGAAAGAGCAUACAAGCAAGCAGCAAGAGGAAGCCUUCGCCAGACCACAACCCUCAGAAGAUCAAAGAAGACACCUGAUAUUCUUAAGAGAAGAACAUAUACUGAAUAGAGAAGAGGGUUCUUCAUGGUGACGUUCCCUGCAGUGAUUGAGUCUGGAUCUGAAGCCAAAUUAUGCAUUUCUCUUCUGAAACCCCAAGAGAGUCUCACACUGACUGUUUCUCUGCUUGAUGACAAAAACAGGACAACUAAACUUGUGCAGCAGGUUUCUUCAACGCCAUUUCACCGCAGCUUUAGUUUCCAGGCUCCUCGAGUAGAUGGUGAGUCGGUGCAGAAGAUGAAGGUUGAAGUUCAAGGGAGGGUCUUCAGAGUGACCGAAGAGAGGAAAGUCAUGCUCAGACGUUACCUACCUUUGACCUUCAUCCAAACAGACAAACCCAUCUACAAUCCAGGACAAAUGGUGAAUUUCAGAGUUGUCACCAUGGAUGCCAAAUUUGUGCCUCUUGAUCAGAUGUACAAUCUGGUCGUGGUGGAGGACAAUAAUAAUAACCGGAUUGGUCAGUGGACAAACGUUUCUUCAACGAGGUGGAUUUUGCAGCUUUCUCAUGAGUUAAACCCAGAGGCUCAGAUAGGGAUGUACACACUAAGUGCUUUUAUUGGUGACCGAAUGAUCUCCCAGGUUUUUGAGGUGAAAAAAUAUGUUUUGCCCAAGUUUGACGUGACCAUAAACGCACCACAGACAUACAGUGUUGCAGAUGUGGGACUGAAAGUUGAGGCUUGUGCCAAAUACACUUAUGGCCAACCUGUACCUGGUCAAGCAUUGGUGGAAGUGUGCCGUGAUCCAUUUCCAUAUAUUGAGGUUCCAGACGUGACCCGCCAGUGCCUGCGUAAAACCAUGAAGAUGAAUGCCACAGGCUGUGCCUCCCUUAUUAUUGAUACGGCAGUGUUUUUCAACACCAAAUUUGAAAAUAACAUGCAAGACUCAUUUCUUGUAAAUGUGAACGUCACGGAGGAGGGAACAGAUGUAGUUAUGUCAAAGUCUGCAACCGUGUCCAUUACAUUUGAAGUCGGCAAGGUCACACUUUUGGACCUCCUGGAUUAUUUUGAACCUGGAUCAGCGAUUAAUGGAAAGAUAACAGUGUCUCGUUUCGAUGGGACUCCAAUUUUGAACAAAGCUGUGUAUCUCCUUGAUGGUAACAAUAACAAACUGCUGCUAAAUCUGACCACAAACCAGAACGGACUGGUCACAUUCUCUCUCAACACCGUUAAUCUUCCUAAAGCGGAUCUGAAUCUGGUGGCAAGUGUGACUCCAGAGGUGGUUUAUAGUUACAAAUCGCCAUACUUCACUACAGAUAUGAGGGUUGUUCAGCUUCUCCAACUUGCUUCUCCUGAUAACCCAUCAUUUAGUGAACUGACUAUAGUGAAGCUCGAGCAGCCGCUCAAAUGUGGUGCUACAUUUCCAGUGACUGUGAAAUAUUCUUUUGUUGGAGAGUCUGGUGGCUACAGUGCUGACAUUGUCUAUAUGGUCUUGUCCAGAGGAGUGAUCGUCCUCCAUGCAUUUCAGACGGUCACAGCAAGUGCUUCUAAUAAAGUCACAAGCGGCUCAGUGUCGUUCCAGCUGUCUGUCAGUGUUGACAUGGCUCCAGCGGUGCAGAUUCUGGUCUAUUGUGUUCUGCCCAGUGAGAAUGUAGUUGUUGGUAGUGCAUCAUUUGACACAGAAGCAUGUUUCCAAAACAAGGUGUCUUUGCAGUUCUCUCCAGCUACAGCUGUUCCUGCUGAGGGAAAUGUUCUGACUGUCUCUGCUCAAGCAGGAUCUCUGUGUGGCCUCAGUGCUGUAGAUCAGAGUGUCCGGAUCUUGGAGUCAGGAAGACGUCUGAGUGCUGAAAUGGUGUUCAACUUGCUCCCAGUGCUAUCACUAUCAAAUUAUCCAUAUGAAGUUGAUGAUGAACAGGAGUGUCUGAAUGUUCGACCCCGUCGAGCUGUUUCUGUAGACCAUGCCUACGACACCUUCAAGAGCAUGGGGUUGAAGGUCUCAUCAAAUUUGCCUAUCAGAGUACCUCAGUGUCUGAUGUACAGAGGCCAGAAUUAUUAUCGCAACUUCCGUGAUGUGAUGUUUUUCCGUCAUCCUGGAGCCAUGGCAAUGGCUGCUGGUCCAGAAGAAAUAAGUGAGGGUGACUCUUCCUCUUUUGAUGUGACCAUCAGGACUUACUUUCCAGAAACAUGGAUCUGGCAGCUUUCUGAAGUGGGAGCUACUGGAUCCACACAAGUUCCUCUCACGGUUCCUGACACAAUCACCACAUGGGAGACGGAGGCGUUCUGUCUGUCUUCCAAAGGUCUUGGUCUGGCUCCUCCUGCACUGCUGACAGUCUUCCAGCCCUUUUUCUUAGAGCUCUCCCUGCCGUACUCCAUCGUCCGUGGAGAGUCUUUUGAGCUGAAGGCCACUGUCUUCAACUAUCUGUCCAAGUGCAUCAUGGUUAAAGUAACUCCAGCUUCAUCUGCAGCCUUCACUCUUGGAGCAUUUAAUGAGCCGUAUUCAUCCUGUCUCUGUGCUAAUGGGAGAAAGACCUUUAAAUGGGUUUUUACUGCUUCUGUUCUUGGAGCUGUCAAUGUGACGGUCAAUGCUUCAGCUGAUCCGUCCCAGACUCGAUGUGGCACUGAAGCAGUGACCGUGCCGACAAGAGGACGCGUUGAUGUAGUCACUCGAAGUCUACUUGUCCUGCCUGAAGGAGUUGAGAGGACAAACACCCAGAGUUGGUUACUGUGUCCAAAGGGAAGCGUUCUUUCUGAAGAUGUGACUGUGACGUUUCCAACAAAUGUGGUUCAGGGAUCAGCCAAAUGCUCUGUUUCUGUCCUUGGAGACAUAAUGGGUCGUGCGCUGAAGAAUCUGCAUGGGUUAUUAAAGAUGCCAUCUGGCUGUGGAGAGCAGAAUAUGAUUCUUCUUGCUCCCAAUAUUUACAUCUUGCUGUACCUGGAAGUCACGGGGCAACUCAAUGCAGCCAUCCGAGAGACCGCCAUAGGCUACCUUCAGAGCGGAUAUCAAGGACAACUGAACUACAGGCACAGUGAUGGAUCAUUCAGCACAUUUGGUUAUGAUGCAUCCAAUACAUGGUUGACUGCCUUUGUCCUGAGGUCUUUUGGUCUAGCGAAGCGCUUUGUCUUCAUUGAUCCGAAUGUCCUUCAGAGUGCAAAGGACUGGAUAAUAAGCCAGCAGGGUUCAAAUGGCUGUUUCACACAACAGGGAACUUUGUACCACAAUGAAAUGAAGGGUGGAGUUGGGGAUAAUGUGACCAUGACCGCCUACAUUGUUGCAUCUCUGCUCGAACUAGGUGUCCCUGUCACGGAUCCUGUCAUCACCAACGCUCUGUCAUGCUUGAGGCCUGUCGUUGGGAACUUGAGAAACACUUACGCCACGGCUCUGCUGGCCUACACCUUCAGUCUUGCUAGAGAGACCAGCACUCGAUCACAACUUCUAACCUCCUUAAACAACCUUGCCGUUUCUGAAAGCACAAAGCUGCAUUGGUCUCAGACUUCAUCUGGUGAUACUCUGGCGGUGGAGAUCAGCUCUUACGUGCUGCUAUCGGUUCUCACUGAACAGCCUCUCACAACGGCAACUCUGGGCUAUGCUAACCGCAUUGUCAACUGGCUCGUGACCCAACAGAAUCCCUUUGGAGGCUUCUCCUCCACCCAGGACACUGUGGUGGCUCUUCAUGCCCUGUCUGUGUAUGCUGCUAAAGUGUUCAGCGUGGAGGGCUCCAGCACUGUUACUGUACAGUCCUCGGUGGUAGGAGGAGAGUCUUAUAGCUUUACAGUGAAUCGGGACAACAGGCUGCUGUAUCAGGAGAAGCCGUUGACGAAUGUUCCUGGCAAAUAUAGUGUUAAAGCAUCAGGUUCCACUUGUGUGUCUGUGCAGGUUGCAUGUUUCUACAACAUUCCGACACCCAUUAAAGCUGCCAGGACGCUGAGCAUCGAAGCAAAGGUGAAGGCAGACUGCCGACCGCUUGGAGCCAAUCUCAUGUUGAACUUCACAGUGAAAUACAAUGGAGCCAAAGCAACUACUAACAUGGUUCUAGUGGAUGUUAAACUCCUGUCAGGCUUCACAGCUGAUACGUCACUGCUUGGAUCUCCACCCCAGUCGUUCGCCCCACUGGUGGAGCGGGUUGAUUCUGAAGAUGAUCGUGUCCUAGUGUAUCUGAAAGAGGUUCCCAAAGGCGUCCCCACGACUUACACUCUGCAGCUGAAACAGGUUGUUGCAGUGAAAAAUCUCAAGCCAGCGGUCAUCAAUGUUUAUGACUACUAUCAGACAAGUGAUGCAUUUGAGACGACCUACACAUCCCCCUGUCAAUGAUUGUGCUAUAGGACAAAAAUGAAAUAAAAAAAAAAAAAUCCCUUUUAUGCAA